UCGCCCCGUGCCCCGCCUCGGCGGGCCUGUCUGCUGACCCGGCCGACCCGGCCAUGGAAGAGGAGCUGAAGUGCCCGGUGUGCGGCUCGCUGUUCCGGGAGCCCAUCAUCCUGCCCUGCUCCCACAACGUCUGCCUGCCCUGCGCCCGCACCAUCGCCGUGCAGACGCCCGAGCGCGAGCAGCACCUGCCCGCCUUGCUGCAGCCCCGGGCCCCAGCGGCGGCGGCAACCGCGGGGGCGGCGGGGCCCGGGCCGGCGGCGGGCUCGGAGGCUGAGUGCGCCGCGGGAGGCGGCGGCGGGGAGCACGCGGACAAGCUGAGCCUGCACAGCGAGAGCGACAGCGGCUACGGCUCCUACACCCCCAGCCUCAAGUCCCCCAACGGGGUGCGGGUGCUGCCGCUGGGGCCGGCCCCGGCCGGCUCCUCCUCGGCGGCUCUUCCCCGCGGGGCGGGCCCCAGCUCGUCCCUCACCUGCCCGCAAUGCCACCGCAGCGCCUCCCUGGACCCGCGCGGCCUCCGCGGCUUCCCGCGCAACCGGCUGCUGGAGGCCAUAGUGCAGCGCUACCAGCAAGGCCGGGCCGCCGCCAAGUGCCAGCUCUGCGACCGCAGCCCGCCCGAGGCGGCCACCGUGGCGUGCGAGCAGUGCGAGGUGCUGUACUGCGCCGCCUGCCAGCUCAAGUGCCACCCGACCCGGGGGCCCUUCGCCAAGCACCGCCUGCUGCCCCCGCCCAGCCUCCCGGGCGGGCCCGGCAAGGCGGCGGGGGGCGCCCGCAAGUUGCCCACCUGCGCCGAUCACGAGCUGGAGAACUACAGCAUGUACUGCGUGAGCUGCGGCACCCCCGUCUGCUACCAGUGCCUGGAGGAGGGCAAGCACGGCCAGCACGAGGUGAAAGCCCUAGGGGCUAUGUGGAAACAGCACAAGACACAGUUGUCUCAGGCUUUAAAUGGUGUUUCAGAUAAAGCAAAGGAAGCUAAAGAAUUUUUGGUUCAGCUGAAAAAUAUAUUGCAGCAGAUACAGGAAAACGGGUUGGAUUAUGAAGCUUGUCUGGUUGCUCAGUGUGAUGCCCUGGUUGAUGCAUUAACUCGUCAAAAGGCAAAACUGCUCACAAAAGUUACCAAAGAGCGUGAGCACAAAUUAAAGGUUGUUUGGGACCAAAUAAAUCACUGUACUCUGAAGCUACGUCAGUCAACAGGGCUUAUGGAAUACUGUCUGGAAGUAAUCAAAGAAAAUGAUCCCUCUGGUUUUUUACAGAUUUCAGAUGCUUUAAUCAAACGUGUUCAGGUGUCUCAGGAACAGUGGGUCAAAGGAGCCUUGGAACCAAAAGUAUCAGCUGAAUUUGACCUGACUCUGGAUAGUGAACCUUUACUACAGUCAAUUCACCAGCUGGAUUUUAUUCAGAUGAAAUGUAGGGUGCCACCAGUCCCGUUACUGCAGCUGGAGAAGUGUUGUACCCGAAACAACAGUGUGACACUGGCCUGGAGGAUGCCACCCUUUACCCACAAUCCAGUGGAAGGGUAUAUCUUGGAACUUGAUGAUGGAGAUGGCGGCCAAUUCCGAGAAGUGUAUGUUGGCAAGGAGACCCUAUGCACAAUUGAUGGCCUUCAUUUCAACAGUACCUACAAUGCAAGAGUCAAAGCUUUUAAUUCAUCAGGAGUUGGCCCUUAUAGCAAGACAGUUGUUUUACAGACAUCUGACGUGGCCUGGUUCACCUUUGACCCCUCUUCAGCCCAUCGGGACAUAGUCCUAUCGAAUGACAACCAGACUGCCACUUGUAGUAGUUAUGACGAUCGUGUUGUUCUGGGCACAGCGGCCUUCUCCAAGGGAGUACAUUACUGGGAACUGCAUGUGGAUCGUUAUGAUAACCAUCCAGAUCCGGCUUUUGGAAUUGCCAGAAUUAAUGUGGUCAAGGACAUGAUGCUAGGAAAGGACGACAAGGCGUGGGCCAUGUAUGUUGACAACAACCGCAGCUGGUUCAUGCAUUGCAAUUCUCAUACAAGUCGGACAGAAGGGGGUGUUUCUAAAGGUGCCACUGUGGGCGUUCUCCUGGACCUAAACAAGCACAGCCUGACCUUUUACAUAAAUGGGCAGCAGCAAGGACCUCCAGCAUUUGAAAAUGUGGAGGGUGUCUUCAUGCCUGCAUUAAGCCUCAACCGAAAUGUACAGGUGACUCUGCACACAGGACUGGAGGUGCCACAGAGUGUAAGACAGCCAAAGCUGCCCAGUAACUAACUGAGCUCCUGCUGCCUAACCCUAUGCUGGAUUUUGUAACCUUUCUAAAUACAAUUUGUCAUUAUUCGCUGUCAGUAGAAAAGCAGUGUCAUCCCUAAAUUAGACUAACACUUACGCAGAACUUUGCUAACUAGCACUGUGUGAUCUGAUAAUUAAUAUUAAUCCACAUCCAUUUUUAAUUUCACACUGGUAACAAGAAUGCUUAUAGAAUGUUUUUUUUUUAUUACAAUGGGUGUGCAUUCCUGCAUUUUAGUACAAAAGCACAUAUAUACAGCACACUAUGGACACAUAGUGACAGCUAAAAUGAGCACAUUUUCCAUUUCAUAAUUGGAUCUGCGCUUCACAUGAUUAUUGUGAAUAGAUGAUUAACAGUGAGGGCAAUUAAUCAUCGGAACAAUUUAUCUAGGGAGGUGAUGGAUUCUCCAUCACUUGAGUUCUUUAAAUCAAGACGGUUAUCUUUUAAUAGCUAUGCUAUAGUUCAAACAGAAGUUAUGGGCUUGAAGCAGAAAUUACUGGGGGAGGUUCAUUGCCCUGUGUUAUGCAGAAGGUCCCUUCUGGCCUUAAAUGCAUUUAUUAAUUAUGCUCCCACUGACUUCAAUGGCAACAAGAUUAGGCCCUAUGUACUUUUAUAUAAAAUUAGUGCUCAUUUUAGUUAGCACUAGGGUAUAUACCUAGUGGGGGUUAAAACUGCUCAAUAAACCUUAGUACUUCUCAUUUCAGUGUGACUGCAGUGGCUUUUGGUCUCACAAACGGGAGAACUCAUUUCAGUUACCAGCAACAAUCGCCUUCUGAAAAGGGAGCAGAGGAGAGUCCAGAGAAGUGAUCACAGAUGUUUCUUUAAAAAUGGUAUACACAAAAUAGACUGUGUUGGGAAGAAGAGUGAUACUUUAUAGCCUUGAUCCUGAUAGGUGCUGAGCACCUGCAGUGCCCAUAGACUUCCCUGGGAGCUGUGGAUAGGCAACAUCUCUUGGGAUCAAAGGUCUUAAUUUUCUACUCAGCUGGGAUGAACUAAUUAAGGCCCUGAUCCAGCAAAGCACUUAAGCACAUGCUCAAAUGCUUUGCUGAACUGGGGGCCUAAAAAUCUUGUAGGUUUUGACUUUAUCCUGCAACUCAGGAAUUGUGUGAUCACCUGAAACAUAUGAAAAUGAGAAGCCUUGUCCAAUGGCAUCCACAAAAGUAAGUGACUGAUUGGCCACUGAUGGUUUCAAUCCAUGGCAAUACUAGACAGCACCUUUGCCAGCAUGCAGUCAGCAGUAAAUAUUUUGAUUCUCAAUUUCUUUCUCUCUCUCAACAAAAUAAUGUGUGCAUGUGUGUAUUUUUCUGAGGGAAGAGUGGUUAACUGAGCUAAUUUAUAGUAGCAAGCCCCAACAGAUUGCAUCAUGACACUGCACCUAGAACUCUGCCCUCAUGAUCCAGCCUAAAUGUGGUGCUAAUAAACAGAAACACCAUAGCUUGCUGCAUACUAUUGUUAUACUAUUUCCUUUUGAAUCAUGCUUCCUACACACACACAUCUGUACACAUACACGUGUACACCGAUGCCCUUUAUAUAUAUAUAUAUGGCACACAGAUUUUAAUAUGUUGUGUGGUCAGUAUACCUGAAAAGCAAUUUUUAAACCAAAAUUCCAGCUCACUGCCUUGUGUAAAACUGUAGGCACAGGUCUAUCCAAGGAGCUCUUCAUGGAUGGGAUGCUGGAAAUCAGGCACAUUGCUGCAGGCGCACAUAUGAUCUCCAGCUUAAGUGCAUUCUCCACUACAGGUAAUACCAAGUGAUGGCAGAUUCCACUGUGACAGAGGGUCUUGCACUUCUGGUUACAGGAAAGAUGCCAUCAUAAUGAACAGCCAUUGGGGAAGGAUGAAAAAUGGGGUAUUAGAGCAACCCAGAAUGAAGUAGUAAGUCAAAAGCAAUCUAUAACCAUCUGUGCAGGAUGCUUAUAUCCACCUAUUCAUUUUACCCAGCCUCCCCUUACAGAACAGAAAUGUAGCUUCUUUUAUAUCACAACUGAACUAGAAAGCAUAACAGAAAAAAAACUCCUCGAACUGUUAAGUGAAAAAGCAGAUAUGCUUUCCUCCAAGACCGUGAUAUGUUCUAUUAGUGCAUUUUAAGACAUGGAAAUAACUGUUUUGUAUUAAUUUCAGUUUGUUAAAAGUUUAGCAGAGAUCAACUGUGUUUUCUUUGUCUGUUUUUAAAUACCAUCUGACCCUGUGCAGGAUUUUUUAAUUCAGUGGGUCUGUUUUAAGCCUACCUCAGCUAGAAUGCUACAGGACCCUGAAUUUCCUCUUGAGUGUGCUCAUUGUAAAGUUGUCUUCUGCUAACGUAGAAGUUGUAACAGUAGCCUUGGCUUUGAGUACAGCUUUACCGAGCAGCACAUGGGAAUGGUGUGUUUUAAGUUGUAUAUGGAUUUUUAUACUACGUAACAUCCUGUAACAAUUUUGAUACAAGAAAGCACUCCACUUUUACUUUUUUUAUUAAAAACAAGAGCACUGAUUGUAUAGGACAUAAGGACUGAACUUUUAUCUUUACUCCGAAUAUCUGUGAAGUAAAAUUCACAUGAAUUUAAAUCCUUCCAAUCCACAACCCCUGCCAGCUGUUUAAAGUGAAUUCUGAAAGGGUUUUGGAAUUGCUUUUGAUAUCUAUGUUGUUUUUGUUUUUCAUAAGUGCUUCUGUAUCAUUCCUUGUGUGUCACUCCUCAGGGUGCAGUUGAAGUUGAUUUUUCUUUUUAUUAAUGAAAAAUACAGACUGAUACAGGUUUCAAAGAGCUAAUGAAAUGUGGUAGGGGCAUGCUCCAAAUUUGUGCAGAAACACAUGGACCUCUCCAUUGCUGUUCUCUACACAUUCCAGAACUGGUAAAAGUGUGAUGCAGACUAGUUUAAACUGCAGUCCCCUUCCAACCUAGAGAAACUGCAGAAUGGAGCAAUUAGAAAUAUAUAUCCUGUAUUAACAUUGUCAGUUUUAAUUGGACUAAGUCUGUAGAGGGUGAGUCUAUUUUUGGUUGCGUAUGUGUUUUAACGACUUAUAUUUGAAACUAGACCAAGUUGCCCUUAUGAAGAAAAUUUUAAUGACUUAAGCUGCAUGCAUUUUGGUAGCUUGUCUAAUAGUGGUAAUGAAAAAAUAAUUAGAACUAGACUUAGACUAUGAGAUUAGUUCUGCAUUUGAAUACACAUGCGGAGCUCCCAUGGAUUUCAGUGGGAACCUCAUGUGUAUAUGUGAGGGCAAAUUUUGUCCCUUUAAGACCAGCACUGCAUGAGGAAUGAAAGCAAUUCACUCCUCUGUUCAGGCUGGAAGUAAUUCACUCCACUGCAGAUCACUAACACAAGGCCCUUCCACCCACAAAGCCCUGCAGGCUCUGUGUUCCUCUUCUCAAUAUCUGUGCACAGAGGGGAGCCUGUCUCUGUAGAAAGUGGGGGGAAGAGCAGUCUCACCUCAGGCGCAUACUCCUCUCCCUUCCACUUCCCCCAAGCACCUCCUUGGGGCUGCAGCUCUGCCGGCCUUCAGGGGCUUAGGGACCUACCUAGGCACCUACCUAGGCUCCUGCAGCUUCUCCUCACACAAGCUGUGGGGAAUACAAUUUAAAAGUAAAACAGUCUUUCGCUGAAUUAACUCAUGUUGCCACUACCCCCAAACCCUUUAGCAGGAAGCCCAUGGGAGCAUGUUCUCGCCGAAGUUGAUGGGCUGUUGAUGGGCCAGGAAGGACCAGGAUGGUAGACCAGGGACAAGGGAGUCCAUUUGGGAUGCCCUUUGCUUCCUUGAGAUCUGUGUAGAUCUUUGGGGGUCAUGGGAGAUCAAGCUUCCAGCUUCUUGUGUGUGUGAAACUCUGCCUCCUGGCCAGCUGGACAAGCAUAAAAAUUCUCUCAUGGAGUUUCCUCUUCUCCCCUGGGACAGUUUAUCCCAGGUGAGGGACAGCAAGGCCUUGGAAUAAAUCUUACCUAUUACAGUUUGCCUGCCUGGGUGCAGACUCCACAAGACAGAGGUAAAUUGAUUUACAGAGUUUAAAAAAAAAAAUCUUGACCCCUGAGAUAUUAAAUUCUGUUUAAAUUAAAAAAUUCAGGCAUUGACUCCUGAAUCCACACACUUGGAUUGUCUCUACCACUGUGAAAGAAAAAGACUACGGUUUGGAGAGUGACAAGUGUCCCUUAUAAUUUCCAUCACACCGCUGUGUGAUCCAGAACAUUACCCCUGUAAGCCUUCCUCUACAGAUUUCCCCAGUAUGUUCAGUAAAAUAGAUUAGAAAACUUGUGCGGCUGUAGAAAGUGGCUGGAGAGGAGUUUCACCUCAGGACCAUGCUCUUCUCCCCUCCGCUACCCCA